AGAUCGCAAAGAUAAUAAAAUGGUUGGUAUUAAACCGGUGCUUUUUAUGUGAAGUUCUCAUGGCUUAACAUCAGUUUUCCCUGAGUCACUUGACCAAAUGAAGAAUAAUUAUUUGAACAAUUAUUCAAAAAGUAGAAAGUCGGUUUGUUCUUUUCCGUUCAGCCUAAACAUUGUUUAUUGAGUCGUAACAUUUUCGGGCAGUAGGAGCAAAGCGACUCGGGACGAGUUAGAGGAGCCUGAACUGGAGUAACCCCCCUGCCAACAUCUUUGUUCCUGUUACGUCGGAGGCCAACGAAUUACUCCAUCACUGGCUGGAUCCAGAAGCUCUGCCUCUCCUCUCAUUGGACUGCACCGUCAAGCGGCUGUCAGCCCAUGUGGCGUGGCCAGACAUAAUACAGCACAUUUAUAUUCAUCAGAGGGAAAAAAAGGGAAAGAAGCACGGAGGCUGAACAUUGAGGAGAGGAGCGGGUUCCCGACGAGACCUAGCUGAACUGCCUUCCGAACGAAUUCAGCACCGGGACACGAAGAAGAGUCAGAACCAGUAAUCCAGGAUGGAUGAGAUCGUCAUAGCAGGAAUAUCAGGCCGCUUGCCAGAGUCUGACAACUUGGAGGAGUUUUGGGAAAACCUCAUCAAUGGUGUGGACAUGGUGACAGAGGACGACCGGCGGUGGACCCCAGGUUUGUAUGGUCUGCCCAGAAGGAACGGCAAACUGAAGGACAUUAGUCAUUUUGAUGCAGCUUUCUUCGGAGUCCACCCCAAACAGGCCAACACCAUGGACCCCCAGCUCCGUCUCAUGUUGGAGGUCGCCUACGAGGCUAUCAUGGACGGAGGUCUUAAUCCGAGCAACAUGCGCGGCAGUAGGACGGGGGUCUAUGUUGGAGUGAGCGGUGCUGAAGCCGGUGAGGCUUUCAGCAGAGACCCAGAGGAGCUGCUGGGCUACAGCAUGACAGGCUGCCAGCGUGCCAUGUUGGCCAACAGGCUCUCCUACUUCUUCGACUUCAAAGGUCCCAGCGUUACCAUAGAUACAGCCUGCUCCUCCAGCCUGCUGGCUCUGGAAAAUGCCUUUCAUGCGAUUCGGCAGGGCCACAUCGAUGCUGCCCUGGUGGGAGGAGUCAACUUGCUGCUUAAGCCAAAUACUUCAGUCCAGUUCAUGAAACUGGGGAUGCUGAGUCCUGAGGGGACCUGCAAGUCUUUCGAUGCAUCAGGAAAUGGAUACUGCCGUUCUGAAGCAGCAGUCGUGGUGCUGCUGACCAAGCGAUCUGCAACAAACAGAGUCUACGCAACUGUAAUCAAUGCUGGCAACAAUACGGAUGGAUAUAAAGAACAAGGUGUAACAUUUCCUUCAGGUGACAUGCAGCAGAGUUUGGUUCGUUCGCUCUAUAACGAGGCCAAUGUAUCCCCUGAAGAAGUUGAGUACAUCGAAGCCCACGGCACUGGAACAAAGGUCGGAGACCCGCAGGAGGUGAACGGGAUUGUCGGUGUUUUCUGUCAGGCAAAGCGAGAGCCCCUGCUUAUUGGCUCCACCAAAUCCAACAUGGGCCAUCCAGAACCUGCUUCAGGUCUGGCUGCCCUAGCAAAGGUGGUUCUGUCUCUGGAGCGAGGCAUUUGGGCUCCUAAUCUGCACUUUACUCACCCUAAUCCUGACAUUCCUGCCCUUACUGACGGUCGGGUCCAGGUCAUUGACCGGCCCAUUCCCGUUCGGGGGGGCAUUGUAGGGAUCAACUCUUUUGGAUUCGGGGGCUCCAAUGUUCAUGUCAUUCUUCGCCCAGCUAGCAAACCAACAAACUCACCUACUCCACGGACGGUUCCCAGAAUGCUUCCGGUGUGCGGCCGUACCGAGGCUGCAGUGAACGCGGUCAUCCAGAAGGGGAAGGAACACAGCAGCGAUGAAAACUUCUUAUCUUUGCUAAGCAGAGUGUCAGAAAUCCCGGCUGCUAGCAUGCCCUACAGAGGCUACGUUGUUCUCGGGUCUCAGAAUGACGUAAAGGAGGUUCAGUUGUUGCAAACUUCAGCCAGACCACUGUGGUACAUCUGUUCUGGUAUGGGAACCCAGUGGGCAGGUAUGGGCCGUAGUCUCAUGCAGCUGGCGGAAUUCAGAGAGUCCAUUCUGCGUUCUGACGUUGCUCUGAAGGACACUGGACUGGUUGUGUCUCAGCUGCUCAGUGAAGCUGAUGAUGCCACUUUUGAGGACACUGUCAACGCCUUCGUUGGUCUUGCUGCCAUACAGAUAGCCCUCAUCGAUCUGCUCAGGAAGAUGGGUCUUCAGCCUGAUGGCAUCAUAGGACACUCUGUGGGAGAACUGGCCUGCGGAUACGCUGAUGGUUCCUUCAGCCACAGCGAGGCCAUUCUGGCCGCAUACUGGAGAGGUCACUGCAUCAAAGUGGCCGACCUACCUCCAGGAGGCAUGGCUGCAGUUGGGCUGACCUGGGAGGAGUGCAUCGCUCAGUGUCCUCAGGGAGUCGUUCCUGCCUGCCACAAUGCUGAGGAUUCUGUUACCAUCUCAGGCCCUCAGGAAGCAGUCCAUGCGUUUGUGUCCCAACUAAAAGAGGAAGGAGUGUUUGCAAAGGAGGUUCGCAGUGCCGGCGUGGCUUUCCACUCCCACUACAUGGCCUCCAUCGCUCCUAACCUGCUGGCUGCUCUGAAGAAGGUGAUCAAGGAGCCACGGGAGCGCUCCCCUCGGUGGAUCAGCACAAGCAUCCCUCAGUCUGAGUGGAACUCUCCUCUGGCUAUGCUCAGCUCAGCUGAGUACCACGUCAACAACCUGCUGAGCCCUGUGCUGUUUCAGGAGGCCCUCAGUCUGGUGCCUGACAAUGCUGUGGUGGUGGAGAUCGCACCUCAUGCUCUGCUGCAGGCCAUCCUUAAGCGGAGCCUGAAGCAAACAUGUUCCAUCCUUCCUUUAAUGAAGAGAGGCCAUGCUAACAACCUGGAGUUCUUCCUCUCAAACAUUGGCAAAAUCUACAUGAAUGGGAUCAACUUGGAUGCUAACAGCCUGUACCCAGUGGUGAGCUGUCCUGUCCCAGUUGGCACUCCGAUGAUCUCUCCCUUAGUGCAGUGGGACCAUUCCCAGGUUUGGGAUGUCCCCAAAGUAGAACAUUUUUCCCACAGCUCAGGAGGAUCUAAAUCCACUGCCGUCUAUAAUAUUGAGAUAAACUCUGAGUCAUCAGACAACUAUCUCAUUGAACAUUGCAUCGAUGGACGCUUUCUCUACCCAGCAACGGGUUACCUUGUGCUGGCCUGGCGCACUUUGGUCAGGAGUCGUGGGAUCAUAAUGGAAUCCACUCCAAUCAGCUUUGAGGACGUGAAGAUCCACAGGGCUACCAUCCUGCCAAAGACUGGCUCUGUUCAGUUGGAGGUGAACCUCAUGCCAGCCACCAACAAGUUUGAGGUUUCAGAAAAUGGAAACCUGGUUGUCAGUGGUAAAGUAGACAUCCUUGAGGAUGCAGACCUUCAAUCAUUCCAUAUUCAAAUAAAUCAGAAAACUGACAAAAAGAAUGACUCCAACAUGAAACUUAAGUCAAAUGACGUCUAUAAAGAACUGCGACUGCGUGGCUACGACUAUGGAAAGGCUUUCCAAGGCAUCUUGGAGUCCAGCAGUGAAGGAGACAGUGGAAAGCUGCAGUGGACAGGAAACUGGGUGACCUUUUUGGACACCAUGCUGCAGAUGAUGGUGGUUGGAUUACCAGGUCGCAGUUUGCGCCUGCCGACCAGAAUCCGCUCUGUACGCAUCAAUCCUGCUGUCCACCUGGACAAAGUGUGCGAGUAUGCUGAUGAACUGCAAGCUGUUGACGUCCACGUGAGCCGCUGCCUGGACAGUAUUGCUGCCGGCGGAGUCCAGAUCUCCGGUCUGCAUGCCACUGUGGCCCCCCGGAGACAGCAGCAGCAGAGCCCCCCCACUCUGGAGGAGUUUGUGUUUGUCCCGCAUGUGAUGACAGAAUGUCUGGCUACCAAUCAGAGCCUGAUGGAGCAGCUCAACAUCUGCAAAGCUUUGAUUCACACACUACAGCUGAAGUUGGCUCCUCAUGGUGUGAAGCUGGCCGUUCCUGGGUUACCCGGCGACCUGCUGGGUUUUCCACCUGACCAGGAGGCGUCGGCGCCCUGCCUGCUGCGCCUGCUCAGCCUGCUGUGUGGCUUGGAGCUCAACGGAAACCUCCAGUCAGAGCUGGAGCAGGUCCUUGUCCAGGAGAAGGCCUGCCUGCUGCAGGAUGGCCUGAUGCAUGGCCUGCUGGAGGAUCCUGUUCUCCGUCACUGCCUGGACAUCAGCAUGGAGAACUGUACGCCUGGGAGGAUCAAAGUCCUGGAGGCUUUUGCAAACGAUGGCCAGCUUUUCUCCCGUGUGGUUCCCCUCCUCAACAUUCAGCCAAUGCUACAUGUGGACUACACUGCCACAGCAACACACCUGGAUCUGCUGUCCGCCCAUGAAGCCGCGCUGGAGCAGCUUGCUGUGGCUUCAGCGCAGUGGAACCCUCUUAGCGAGCCGGCUCCAGGGAGGAUAGCUGCCGGGGCGGACCUGGUGGUGUGUAACCACGCAUGGGGUCCCCUGAGGACGGACCCCAGACAGCUUGUGGCUAACCUGGCCUCCGGGGCCAGAGAGCAGGGCUUUGUUCUGAUCCACACCCUGCUGAAGGACCAGACUCUGGGAGAGACGGUGGCUUUCCUCACCAGCAUCACCCAGGGCAACGAGCAAUGUAGCCUGCUCUCACAGGCUGAGUGGGAAAGCGUGUUCUCUGAGGCCAACCUGGCCCUGGUAGCUGUCAGGAAGUCUUUCUAUGGCUCCGUCAUUUUCCUUUGCCGCCGCAAGUCUCCCAGCAAGCAGGCCAUCUACCUGCCUGUGGACAGCACCGACUUUCUGUGGGUAGAAAAACUCAAGGAGAUCCUGUCGGAUUCCUCGGACCACACUGUGUGUCUGACUGCCUCUCAGGCUCACAGUGGGAUUGUUGGGAUGGUAAACUGCCUGCGGCAGGAGCCUGGGGGAGAGCGGAUACGCUGCAUGUUUGUGUCCAACCUGAACGGCUCCUCAGCGGCACCGAGCCUCCAGCCGGGCCAGAAGUCCCUGGACUCGGUGCUGGAAGCAGACCUGGUCAUGAAUGUCUUCAGAGAUGGACAGUGGGGAACUUUCAGACACCAACUUGUCUCCCACGACCUGAAGGAGGAACUGACAGAGUCUGCAUUCAUCAACGUGUUAACUCGAGGUGACCUGUCCUCCCUGCGCUGGAUCGCCUCCCCCCCCCGCCGCUCUGACCCCAGCAGACCCUCCCUGCAGACGUGUCACGUCUACUACAGCGCACUUAAUUUCCGAGACAUUAUGCUGGCUACUGGCAAACUGCCACCAGACGCUAUCCCAGGGGACAUGGCUCUGCAGCAGUGCCUGUUGGGGAUGGAGUUUUCUGGUCGUGAUUCCAGCUGUCAGCGUGUCAUGGGGCUGCUGCCUGCUAAAGGUUUGGCUACGGCUGUGGAGGCUGAUAAACGAUUCCUGUGGGAAGUUCCCCUCAGCUGGACCAUGGAGCAAGCGGCCUCGGUGCCAGUGGUGUAUGCCACAGCGUAUUACUCUCUGGUGGUGCGGGGCAGGCUCCGCCCCGGUGAAACCGUCCUGAUCCACUCGGGCUCUGGAGGCGUCGGCCAGGCUGCCAUCGCCAUAGCACUCAGCAAGAACUGCAGAGUUUUCACCACCGUCGGCUCAGCAGAGAAGAGGGCCUACCUGCAGGAGCGCUUCCCUCAGCUGUCUGCAGAAUCAUUCGCUAACUCCAGGGAUCUGUCUUUUGAGCAGCAUGUUCUGCUCCACACAAAGGGCAAAGGCGUGGAUGUGGUUUUAAACUCUCUGGCUGAGGAGAAGCUCCAGGCCAGCAUUCGCUGUGUCGCCCGACACGGACGAUUCCUGGAGAUCGGAAAAUACGACCUCUCCAACAACAAUCCACUGGGUAUGGCUUUGUUCCUGAAGAAUGUGGCCUUUCAUGGCAUCCUGCUGGAUGCUCUGUUCGAAGAAGGCAACAGGGAGUGGGAGGAAGUGUCCCAGCUGUUGAAGGAAGGCAUUGAGGAAGGUGUAGUCCAGCCUUUAAGGACUACAGUUUUUCAGAGGGACAACGUUGAGCAAGCAUUCAGAUACAUGGCCCAGGGAAAACACAUCGGCAAAGUUGUCCUGCAGAUCCGUUCUGCGGAAAAGGGCGGAGCCAUUCAGCCCGCAUCCCCGCUGCUUCUUCCUGCUAUCUGUCGGACUUUCUGCCUUCCAUCCCAUUCCUACAUCAUCACUGGAGGGCUGGGAGGCUUUGGGCUGGAGCUUGCUCAGUGGUUGAUUGAGAGAGGAGCCUGCAAACUGGUGCUGACAUCUAGAUCAGGCAUCAGGAAUGGUUACCAGGCAAAGCGGGUCGACGAGUGGCAGAAGCAGGGUGUGAACGUUGUGGUAUCCACCAGCGACAUCAGCACAAUGAAGGGGACGGAGAAACUGAUCGCUGAGGCGCGUGCACUGGGCCCAGUGGGUGGAGUCUUCCAUCUCGCCAUGGUGUUGAAAGACGGCAUGCUGGAGAAUCUGACGCCUGAGCUAUUUCUUGAAGUGAGCAAACCAAAAUGUGACGGGACCAUGAAUCUGGACAAAGUAACAAGAAAGUUGUGUCCAGACCUUAGCUACUUCGUGGCUUUCUCCUCUGUCAGCUGUGGGCGUGGAAACGCCGGCCAAAGUAACUACGGUUACGCCAACUCGGUGAUGGAACGCGUGUGUGAAAAGCGGCGCUUUGACGGAUUGGCCGGGUUAGCAGUUCAGUGGGGCGCCAUUGGAGAUGUGGGCGUGGUGCUGGAGACGAUGGGUGGAAACGAUGUAGUGAUCGGGGGAACCCUACCGCAACGCAUCACUUCCUGUCUGGAGGUGCUGGACUUCUUCUUGCACCAACAGCAGCCGGUCAUGUCCAGCUUUGUGUUGGCAGAGAGAAUAACAGUGAAGAGUGAAGCAGGGGGUCAGAAAGACCUGGUGGAUGCUGUCGCUCACAUUCUUGGCGUACAGGAUGUGAACUGUCUGAAUGCUGACGCCUCGUUAGCUGACUUGGGCCUGGACUCCUUGAUGGGCGUUGAGGUUCGCCAGACUCUGGAGCGAGACUACGACAUCGUGAUGGCCAUGAGGGAGAUCCGCCAACUCACCAUUAAUAAGCUGCGGGAGCUGAGCAAGAGCAAGGCGGAAGGAACAAACGUAGAAUGCAACCAGACCAAAGCCACGAAGGAUCCGGCUCGCUCCGUUUUGGGGUCUGAUGUGACCCAGGUGCUGGUGGACCCCAGCGGCCCCACAGUGAUCCCACUCAACAAGGCUCAGAGCCAGGAGAGGCCCCUGUUCCUGGUCCAUCCCAUUGAAGGCUCCAUCUCUGUGUUCAGGACGCUGGCCUCCAAGCUCAGCAUGCCCUGCUUCGGCUUGCAGUGCACCAAAGCUGCUCCUCUGGACAGCAUCCAGGCUCUGGCAGCGUACUAUGUGAACUGCAUCAGGCAGCUGCAGCCAGACGGGCCGUACCGGAUCGGGGGAUACUCCUUCGGAGCCUGUGUGGCCUUUGAAAUGUGCGCCCAGCUGCAGACCCUCAACCACAGUGUGGAGCAUCUGUUCCUGUUUGAUGGCUCACACUCCUAUGUGGCAGCUUACACACAGAGCUACAGAGCCAAGCUGACUCCAGGCAAAGAGAGUGAGGCUGAGACGGAGGCCAUGUGCGCCUUCAUCCAGCAGUUCACAGGCAUGGAGUACAACAAGCUGCUGGAGCGCCUGCUGCCGCUGUCGGACCUGCCGGCUCGCGUCAGCGUGGCGGUGGACCUCAUCACCUCCAGCAACAAGAACAUCAGCCGUGACCUCCUUGAUUUUGCGGCUUCCACCUUCUACCACAAGCUGAAAGCCGCAGACGUAUACGUACCUGCGACGAAGUACCAUGGCAACGUUGUGUUACUGCGCGCCAAAACCAGCAGUGAAUAUGAACAAAAUCUGGGAGAAGACUAUAAACUAAAUGAGGUCUGCGACGGGAAGGUGUCGGUUUACGUCAUCGAAGGCAACCAUCGCUCUCUUCUGGAAGCAGAGGGAGUGGACUCCAUCCACAGCAUCAUUCAGAACUCGUUGGCUGGACCACGAGUCACCCCGAAAGAGGGCUGAGCCCCCUCACUCACCCCAUCCCCUCUUUUAAACCACAGGCUGCACCUUAACCCCACCUGCACCGGGUUCCCACAACAUCCCACUUGUAUCAUUUUAAAUUCAGGAUCUGUAGAUUUAACUGUUUGAUGAAGCGUUUCUCAAACUGAAGGUGUAGCAACUCUUAGUAAAGAGGAAAGCAGGAGACGGUUUUUCACUGCUGACAUUUUACUACUGCAUUUUGUUCAGUCACAUGUUGCUGUUCAUCAUCUCUUAAUGCUCAUUUGUUGCCCUGGAGACACUGAGAAACUUUUCCUUUUGUGGCUUCGUGGGGACGGCUUCAUCUGCAGCAUCCCCACGCACAAAAACAUGCUGGCUUAUUUUACCUGAAGGUAUGCUUCUGUGGACUUACUACUGUAAUAAUGAACAUUUGAUUAUUAGAACUUUGAAAGAGAAAUGACCAAACUAAUUUUGAUGAGUAGAAUGGUUUCCAAGCUGAUAUUCAGAUGUAGUUUAGAACCUAUAUCUGAGUUUAUGCAAAAGAUAUGUAUUUUUUUUUCCCUUUUUAUUCACAGUAUGUUGAUUCUGAUGAAGUAGAAACGUUUUUUGUAUUUGAAGAACAAAUAGAGUUCUGCUUGGAGCCUCCUGGGACUGCAGUGAAUCCUACCGAGCUGGAUGAGUAUCUGAGUUAAACAAGCAGCUCUACGUUCUGCAAACCUUAAACAUCUUUAGUUUUCAUUAGCUCUGGUGAAGCGGCGUGUGAUAGCUUCCAUUACUGUAAUCUGAUCUGUUUACCAACUUAAAGCAGUUAGCUGCUGUACUGUAGCUGUACUGUAGCUGAAUGUCUCCUCCUCUACACUGAUGCAAACUUUAACUCAAGCGGUCUCACUUGGUGGAAACAGUGAGUCAGUUAUGAAACACUGAAUAUUUUUGUGGUGUGGAUGACAAACUGUUUACUGUUCAGUUCUGUUCCCUGACCUCUGAGACCCGAGAGGUCAGUGAAGGGUCAGGUGAGUGAAGUGAUGAAGCUUCUUUGUCUUAGAAAUAUUUCCAAUGUUUAAAAGAAAGGAACAAUAAAAGCCUCUGAGUGAGCAUGA